GUUUAGUUCACGCCCAAAUGCAAAACCCCAAUUUUCGACAACCCCUUUUAUUUUCGAUAGCAAUCCAAAUUCUCUUCUUCAACAAUUUCUCCACUGAAUCAACCUUCUGUUCUGAACCAAUGGCGACAACCACCACUUUGGGAGGAGUCUGCCCUUCCCAUGGAUCCCAAAAGAGCUCCGAGCUCGAAAACCUUGCUCGCUUUGCUGACGACGAGCACAACAAGAAAGAAAACGUGAUGGUCAAGUUCGUGAGAGUUGUGAAAGCAAGCGAGCAAGUGGUGGCUGGGAUGCUUCACUAUUUGACGGUGGAAGCUAUCGACGCCGGUAAAAAGAAGCUUUAUGAGGCCAAAAUUUGGGUUAAGCCUUGGGUGGACUUUAAAGAAUUGCAGGAGUUUAAACAUGCUAGAGAUGCUGAUUAUUCCUCUUGA